GCGGAAGAGAGUUGUAUACAAGUCGGCAUAACUACGUUGCUACAAAAGUUUAUAUCUGUCAAGUUAUUCAACGUUUUAAAACCGCCUCUUCAUAAUGAAAUUUUCUACCGUCUACAGUUCCAGUAUGGUUAUCAUGUUAAGCACAUUGGCAUUAAUGUUUGUAACAAUCUUAGCAGUACCCGUGGAGUCAGAUGAUGAUCAAUCAGAAAAUACGCUGGUAGGGCGCCCCGAUAAUGGUAUAGACUUAACAGGACCCUGGGACUCUAUUGACACCACUGCUCUGCGUAAAUUACUGUUGCAAUUGGACGCCGAAGACAGGAUGGGUCGAGUUAGCCGUUCGUGGCCUCAGACGGAACCUCGGGGCUGGGGCGUGCGAACACUGGAUGGGCGGCUGGCUCGGCAGUGGCGGGCAGACAAGCGCCAGGUCCGGUUCCGCCAGUGCUACUUCAACCCCAUCUCAUGUUUCCGCAAGUGAACCGUUGACUCAGCAUUCCGCAGCGACAAACGACGUACCGCUACAAAAAUAUACCCAGUUGUAAACAUUACUAAUUCGUAGCCAUUCUUUAUAAUAAUCUCAAGUUAUAUCAAUAUCCGAUGCAAUAAAAAAAUAU